GGUUGGGUUUGAGUUCGCUUCGCUCGUCGGUCGUCGGCGCGGCGGCGGUUCAUUAGACCAAACCAGACACGAACACGGACAGAAUAGGCCUUUUUCUCGUACGACGCGGACGCAAAGUUGAGUUGUUUGUGGACCAUCGGACCCCCGAAGAAUAAUAGUGUGUUUGAGCCCAGCAGCAGAGAGAGAUUAAAAUAUGAGGGAGAAAAAACAACAGUAAUAUCGCAUUUUUUUCGGUGAAAUUAUUAUCAAAAUCUAUAUUUACUGUGCGGGGCUCAAUCGGUGCGGUUUUUGGUUCCUUGCUCCGGGCGGACGACGGAUUGCGGCGGAGGAGCGCGUGUGCGUGGCGACGUCGGGAGUGUGUUUUUGAGGUUGUUUUUCCGGACUUGUUACGGAUUGUGCGACGCGCGUUUUGGAUCUUAGCUUUUUUUUUCUUCCUUCGCGACUUGGAUGGAAUUCACUUGUGCUGCGGCGGGCAGAAGCAACAAAAACACAGGAAGCAUAUGUGUGAAUCUUAUGAUGAUGAUGAUGAUGAUGUGUGGUGUUUGAAAUCGUGAGUUGGGUUGGGGCUCACCCUACUUGGCCAGAGUAGCAGCAGAAGCAGCAGCGUCUCAGUGUUUGAUUCGAUCGAAUCCAUACCCGGAAUAGAGAGGUGCCAGACUUGAGGACACCAGAAACCAGAAUUGGACAAGUGGGAUAUAUAGUUCGCGACCGCGGAUUCGAGACCGUCUCCGCCGGAUUCAGACCAAAAGAGGAUAUUGCGUCGUAUCAACAAGAAUAUUUGUGGUGUGGUAAACCAGCCAGCCACCACCGCUACGGCCGCGACCCGAGCGCCACGACGGUAGUGUGUUGAAUCGUCGUCGUCGUCCGUCACGUCAUAGUAGGCACGCAGCAGUAGUUGCCGGAGACGGAGAGUGCUGUGUUGUUCGCUCGCGUGAGCAGAGAAGAGAGCCCGUGCUCUGUGCAGCUCUCCUUACUACACUGUUUGUAACCGUGGUGUGUGUCGUGUCUGCUGUGUGUGUUUACGGUGUGGCGGAUACGCUCGCGAGGGGUCCACCGGGGAAGUGCGGAACGUCCAAAUAUUUUGGUGUGUAUUGUGUGCGAGGGAUACAGAACGAGAAACGCGCGCGCGAGCAGAGUGCAAUCGUCGUCUUCUGCUUCGUUCGACUGCUCCAAACAAGAGUAGGCCGUGUUUUUCAUGAUUCCUCGAGGCGGUUAGACGACAUCUCGGCCGCGCGGCCUACUACGGCGAGUAUUUAGGGGAAGUUGUGUGCUAUCCACGUUGUUUUUGUGCAGUGAAAGUGCGCCGUCUAGUGAAUCCCAGAUAAAUGGAGCAAGCGGUUACCGCAAAAUGUAGCAAAUCGGUGGUGUAUAGUUCCUUCGGAGAUUGAAAGAGCCUGGCAAGCGCGCUAGGCCAGGCAAGGCAAGGCAGGCAGUGAGAGUAGUGGCCAGCGGCGGCACAGAGCUGCGACCGCGUAUGUAUGAGUGUUUGAACGUGCUGCAUUCCGGAGAAUGCGAAAAAAUGAGGAAGAAAGUGGAAGCGAUCAACAGCAUAAGUGGCGGCGGCAACAAUAGCCAAAGUGUAGAGUUCCUGGGGCGGCAAAGGGGAAGUAGUGCUGCGAGCAGCUGUCGCCGAAGAGGCAGCAGCGGCGAAGAAGUUUCAUCACUGCCGCCGCCGAAGACGACGAGACGACGGUGCAAUAACAGCAGUGGCAGCAGCGGCGGCGGCGGAAGUGCAAAUGAAGAAUUAGUGCAACCAGGGUGCAAAAUGAGGGCGGGGGUGGUGACGGCAGAAGCGGAGGAAGCUACGGCCGGGUUGAACAACCUGCUGGGGCAGUUGGCGACCAAGCACAAGCAAAAGUACAGGACGAAGCGGCGCAGCCGUUGCCUCUGUCCAAGUGGCGGAGUCGAAUCAAGUGGGAAAGACGAAGAAGAAUCAUCGGUGGAAGUGAAGCAAGAAGACGAAGUCAUGUGGGGUGGUCGGUUACGACGGAGUGCGGCAGAUGCCGGCUGGCGCAGAAGGAGCAGAACGGUAACGGGCGUGGCAGCAGCACUAGCAGGAUCAGUGGUAUUCAGGCCAGCCAAGUUGGCCUGGCUGGUCAUGGUUAGUUUGCUGUUGUUUAGCAUUCUGGUCGUGCCGGUGGCCGUCGUGCAGGGGGAUGAGAUGAAGGCCGGUCAGGUGGGACCCAUCAGAAAAGGAGGUGUCUGCGGCAGUGUGGACGUGCGGAAUUCGCCGGCCCACCUCGACCGGCUCAAGGACUGCGUCGUCGUCGAGGGCUUCGUGCACAUACUCCUCAUCGACAAGUACAUCGACUCCAGCUUCGAAAACUAUACCUUCCCCCUGCUGACGGAGAUCACCGAGUACCUGCUGCUGUUCCGCGUGAACGGACUGAAAACGCUGCGCCGGUUGUUCCCGAACCUGGCCGUGAUCCGGGGCGACGUGCUCGUCGGCGACUACGCCAUGGUGAUCUACGAACUGAUGCACAUCGAGGAAAUCGGCCUAAUUUCGCUGAUGGACAUCACCCGCGGAGGCGUUCGGAUCGAAAAGAACCCGAAACUGUGCUUCGCCAACACCAUCGACUGGAAGGCACUGACCGUGCCCGGAACGAACAACUAUAUAAAGGACAAUCAAAAGGACAACGUAUGCCCCAUCUGCCCGUCGGAAUCGACGGCCGUCAUGUUACCAAAUGGAUCCAAACAGAAAUGUCCCGCCGCACCGGUCCGGGGCGGCAACAAGGACCACAAACGAACCCUCUGCUGGAACGCCAAUCACUGCCAAACUAUCUGCCCACCGGAAUGUCCGAAGUCCUGUUCCAAGACGGGGGUCUGUUGCGAUCACGAAUCCUGCCUGGGCGGGUGCAACCUGCCCAACACAUCCGCCUGCACCGUCUGUCGCCAUCUGAGCAUUGAUCCGGCCGGAAAGCGACAGUGCGUUACCAAGUGUCCACCGAACACCUUCAAGUACCACACCCGUUGUGUAACCCGGGACGAGUGCUAUGCCAUGAAGAAACCGAUAUCGCUCGAUUCCAAUCCGGAUCUGCCGGAUCAGCCGUUCAUCCCGCACAACGGCUCUUGUCUGAUGGAGUGCCCGCUGGAUCACGAGCUGAUCACCGAACUGAACAAAACCCGCUGGUGUCGGAAGUGUUCCGGAACGUGCCCCAAGCGCUGCGAGGGGUCUAACAUCGAUAACAUACAGAGUGCCCAGCUGCUGAAGGGAUGCGAAAUUAUCGACGGGUCGCUGGAGAUUCAGCUGAGGAGUAGGGGUGGAGAAAACAUCGUCAAAGAGUUGGAGAACUUCCUCAGUAGCAUCACGGAGAUCAAGGGCUACCUGAAGGUCGUCCGCUCGUACCCGCUGCUCUCGCUGGGGUUCCUUAAAAAGCUGAAGAUCAUCCAUGGCAAGGGCAACAAAGUCUCGAAUUCUAGCUUGUACGUAGUGGAAAACCAGAACCUGCAGGAGCUGUUCGACCACAACGUGACCAUCGGCGAGGGCAAGCUGUUCUUCUUCAACAACCCGAUGCUCUGCACGGACCGGAUCAAAGCCAUCAAGAAGUACAACCCGGGCAUCGAGAUCGAAAACGAAAGCCAGCUGGAGUCGAACAACGGCGAUCGGGCCGCUUGCUCGAUCACCGAGCUGGAAACCAGCCUCAAAUCCAUCGGAUCGGAAACGGCCAUCAUCCAGUGGGCCCCCUUCACCGAACUGUCGGACGCCCGCAUGCUGCUGGGGUACGUCAUCUACUACAUCGAGGCCCCCGUUGCCAACGUGACGUUCUUCGACGGGCGCGAUGCGUGCAACACCGAAGGCUGGCGCCUGGACGAUAUCAGCGACUUCAACAUGGACAAGGAAACGACCAAGAUCCUGACGCAGCUGAAGCCGUACACGCAGUACGCGUACUACGUCAAGACGUACACGCUCGGAUCGGAGGGUUUGGGGGGCCAGAGUAAGAUCAAGUACUUUACGACGGCACCCGGAAUGCCCUCCGUCGUCCGCGACGUGGAAGUCAUCGUGCAGAAGGAUGUGCUGACCGUCAAAUGGCUGCCGCCGCUCAAGAUGAACGGACGCCUCAGCGAGUACGAGGUGUUCAUCGAACUGAACGCCGACGACAACGAGCAGCUGAAGCUGCGGGACUAUUGCGAAGAACUGCGGGACAUUCCGCCGGAAACGCCUACCAGUGCGCCCCCACCGAAACCAUCGAUCUGCACCGAGGAUCAGUGCCGGAACUACUGCAAGGCUCCUACUGGUGGGGGCAGUGGCGGAAGUAUCGAUGCCACCGACAAGGAGAACCAGAUCACGUUUGAGGAUCAGCUGCACAACUAUGUGUACAUCAAGAACCCCCUCCUCCGAGGUGGAGACAAAAUGACCCGGCGCAAACGCAGCACCAACCAGAACAUCGUCUUCCCGAACAACACCGAGAACAAGAAAAACGACACCACGGACCGGAAGACGGAAAAGGUCCCCAACGAAUCGUACUACCGGUUCAUCUUCAACGCGACUAACGCCACCAGCAUCUCGUUUCCGCUGAGCCACUUCAACCACUACUCGCUGUAUGUGUUCAAGAUUCGGGCUUGUCGGCAUCCGGGGGAACCACCGGCGCCCUCGGUUCGCCUGGUGGACAUUGAGCUGGCCUGCGGCAAUGAGGUGUUCGAGAACUUCCGAACGCCCAAGAAGGAAGGGGCCGAUGACAUCCCGUCGGAGUCGAUUCUGGUGGAGGAGCAGUCCAACAACACCCAGCGCCAGAUUCGGGUCCAGUGGAAGGAACCAAGCAAGCCAAAUGGACCGAUUGUGAAGUUUGUGGUCAAGUACCAGCGGAUGGAUCUGGAGUCGGUGUCGUCCACGGACAUCUGUAUAAGGUAUAUGAACUUCAACCAGACGCGGGGGGCAUUGCUUACGAAGCUGGAACCGGGUAACUACAGUAUCCGAGUGAUGGCCACUACCAUUGCCGGGGACGGGGCUCUGUCUGCUCCUCGGUAUGUUGUGCUCGCCAAGGAUGACUCGAUGGGCACCACGAUUAUUUGGCUGGGAGCCCUGUUCGCCAUCUUUUUGCUGUGCCUCGGCCUGCUUGGAUUCUACUGGUACAAAUAUCACUACAUGUCGAAGCAGAUUCGGAUGUACCCGGAGGUCAAUCCGGACUACGCCGGAGUUAUGUACAAGGUGGACGAUUGGGAAGUCGAGCGGCAUCACAUCAUCCAGCUGGAGGAGCUCGGCCAGGGUUCCUUCGGUAUGGUCUACAAGGGUAUUCUGACGCAGCUUCGGGGCGAGAAGUGCAACCAGCCGUGUGCCAUCAAGACGGUCAACGAGAGUGCCACGGCCCGGGAAAAGGACAGCUUCCUGCUGGAGGCCUCGGUUAUGAAGCAGUUCAACACGCAUCACGUGGUCCGGUUGCUGGGCGUGGUUUCCCAGGGCGACCCGACACUGGUCAUCAUGGAACUGAUGGCCAACGGCGAUCUGAAGAGUUACCUCCGUCGACACCGACCGGACUAUGAGAACGGAGACGAACCGUCACCACAGCCGCCAACGCUGCGGGCGAUCAUGCAGAUGGCGAUCGAGAUCGCGGACGGAAUGGCCUAUUUGUCGGCGAAGAAAUUUGUCCAUCGAGAUUUGGCCGCCCGAAACUGCAUGGUGGCGGACGAUAUGACGGUUAAGAUCGGCGAUUUUGGCAUGACCAGGGAUAUCUACGAGACGGAUUACUACCGGAAGGGAACUAAGGGUUUCCUCCCGGUACGAUGGAUGGCACCGGAAAGCUUGAAAGACGGCGUCUUCAGUAGUAGCAGUGACGUGUUCAGCUACGGUGUAGUCCUGUGGGAAAUGGCCACCCUUGCCUCGCAGCCAUACCAGGGUCUCACCAACGACCAGGUGCUCCGGUACGUCAUCGACGGUGGCGUCAUGGAACGGCCCGAGAACUGCCCGGACGAUCUGUACAAUCUAAUGCGUCGCUGCUGGCAGCACCGGCCGACGGCGCGGCCCACCUUCCUGGAGAUCAUCGUCGAGCUUCUGCCGGCGGCUAGCGCACACUUCCGCGAGGUGGCCUUCUUCAACUCGCAGGAAGCCAAAGACAUGAAUCGGAGUCAAGCGCAAGUACACACGGACGAUGUUACCACGCCGCUGCACCCGGGUGGCGGCGACCACGACGAGGAAGCCGGCGAGGACGACGACCUCGUCGGGGGCGAUCGGGACGACGACGGCGAGGGCCACAUCGGGGACAUCGGCACCGACGACGAGUACUCGAUGGAGAUGACCAACAGCCACCUGGUGCGGAACAACGGGCCGAUGGCCACGAUCCGUUCGCCACACUCGCCACUAAGUGACCAACUUGGUAACCGAUUGAUCUGUGAUUCAUUAGCCAUAUCAUAUCAUAGUAGAGAUAUUGAUGAUACCAUAGCCGAAGAAGAGGAACCCCUGGAGGACGAGGAAGAUGAGGAAGCGAACGACGAUGACGAUGAAGGAAAGGAAACCGGCAGACCGACGAUGUUAGGAAGUGUUGGAGGAGGGGCUCGGGACAGUCGCAGUGUUAUGCGGAUCCGCGAGAUGGACCCGCGAGGCAAGUCGCGCAGCGUAAGUCCCGGCAUCCAUUACGAUGGCGGCAGCAGGAGUAGGCGGAGUGGCAGCGAGGAAGGUGGCAUCCAGGGGCAUGACUACGUGAACAGUGCUCCCGGUGGUGGGGCCAUGUUCGGUGGAUCUGCGCUGGCGAUUCCACCGCCACCGCAGCAGCAGCAGAGCAGGAAGCAACAACAGUCGUCCUUCAAUAGACAGCAGCAACCACCGCUGAUCCAUUUCGACUCGGAUCCCUACGGAAAGGAGUUCGAUGCGAUCAGUACCGAUAGAAGCAGAAUUUCGGCGGCCGCAGCAGGCAGCAGAACCAACGGACGCGUCGAUCCCUCCAAGUGGCAGCAGCAGCAGCAGCAGCAGCGACCGGUGGAAGUUACGAAAGAGUCUGGGUUUCCUCCGGUGCGGCCGAGGAAUGGACUCGUGAGUAGCGGCGGAGGUGCCACUGCAUGGGGUCCUUCGAUGGGACCUUCGGGAGACGUUUAGGAGGAGGUGACCGUUCGCCAAGAAUCCCAAAAAACAGGUAGAUCAUAGCAACCCGUAAAUCACAACAGAAACAAAAGUUCCGGGUGCUUGCCGGAAGAUGGCGCCCUUUCGGAGGGCAUCAUCAGGCAAGUAUAUAGUUCCAAAAUAGAGCUUCGAACCGACGCUCUCAAGCUCUGAAAUGAUACAGGCUAGCCUUAGGCACACUCGCAUCGAUGCGCCAUAGAGAGAAAGAGAGACAGCAGUAGAGGAAGUUGUAAACAAGAGUAUUCAAAAUGGGAAUGAAAAUCCGUUUUUAACCAGUUUAGAAGUUUUAGAAAGCAUCGAACACAUACUAACACAAACUCAUUUAAAGAGAAACAAUACAAAAAUCACACUCACACCUUGGAAUGCAAACCAACUAUCCAACACAAACACACGCAUAAACACACACUUGUAGGUUAGGAUACCGGAAAGCCUCCGUUGGUCGUCAUUUUGUUCAAUUUGUUUUAAGAUUGGUUCGUAAUUUAGGAUUAUUACCACACCGCCGCCGCGCAUACACAUACACACACACACGUACACGUACAUUCAACCAAAAGAGGCUAAAACAAACCAUGAAAUCAUUAAUCAAAACAAACCCUUCUAAGAGCUUACCAAUUCUCGCUGCUUUAAAAGUCCUCCACCCUAACAUUCUGUCCCAUUCUGUCCGACACGCACUCCUUUUUGUAAAUGAUAAUCGUAAACAAACCCACGGGGUAACCAUGGAAACACCGUGGCGGAACGCUUCUUUUGACAUUCAACAGAUUUCCUUUCCCUCGCGUUGAAAAGAAAGUAAAAAAAAUCAAUCAAUCUAGUGCUCCUUGUAUUUAUUUGAGUGUAAGGAAAAAAGAGAGAAAUAAGUAAAAAAAACAAAGUCGGCGUAAAGACUCGCUACUCGAACCCCGCGAUCGCGCGUUGCGUUAACGUUAGGUAAAACUCUUAUACAACCACCAGCAACACACACACAACACUUAGAAAUCCAAUAUUCACAUUAUUAUUAAAUAGAGAAAGAGAGAGAGAGAGGUAAAAAACGUAAACAAACCCACACACAGACUGACAGACAGCUAAAGCAAUAUAUAUUUGUGUAUCGUAUACAUAUUUUUUGUUUAUAUUUUCCUAUUUGUUUUUAUUUAAACUAUAUAAUUUCCAUCCCACCACGCAACCGCGCAACCGGAGAAAGCGCCAAAAGCCGAGAAAUUUACGCUAGAAGAAAGACACCCACACAAUCGUUUUUUUUUUUCGUCGUUUUAAGAGUAACCAGGAAAGAGAUGCAAGCAGUCGAUGAAACGAAAAUAUGCUAUUUUUGCAGUUUAGGUUAAGUGCGAGAGAGAGAGAGUGAGUGAAUGAGGAGAGCACGAAAACGAUGAUGAUGAGAGAGGGAAACCGAAAAACCAUGAAACGGGAUGAGAGGAGAACGAAGGAGAUGACGUUUUGUAGAAAAUAGGUUUAGAUAAAAGAGGAAUGGGAAAUCGUAGCUAGCGAAAAUGUGUAAAUAUACCUACUACCUUAAACAAACAAACUACUAACCUAAACUGGCGCGCUUACUAGAAGAGAUGUGACGUAACGGAAUGGCGAAAAUCAAAGAGGAAUUAGAUGAAAAGAAAAA